CAUGUGAGGAAAGUAAAAGUGAAAUUCCUUCUCUCCCCUGUAUAACACGUGAGGCUUUCUGUCCCUAGCUAUGCUAGCUCUUCUCUCUCAUACACAAAAAGCCCGCCAAAAUCUUUCUGUUCAUCCGAUCUCAUUUUAGUUUUGAAAAUGGCAGAAGGUUCAUGGACCUACGACGUCUUCUUGUCGUUCAGGGGUCCCGAUACUCGCCAUUCAUUCAUCGACUUCCUAUACUAUGCUUUGGUAGAGCAUGGGUUUUCCACAUUCAGAGACGACAACAAACUUAGACGAGGAGAAGCGAUUGGGCCCGGAUUGCUGAGAGCGAUUGAGGAAUCGAGGGUCGCCAUCGUCGUGUUAUCGAAAAACUACGCGGCCUCGAAAUGGUGCCUCGAUGAGCUUGAGAAGAUCAUGGAGUGCAGGAGGACUUUGAGUCAGUUUGUUCUCCCUGUUUUUUAUGGUGUAGAACCGUCCGAUGUGCGGCACCAGAGGGGAGUUUACGCUGACACAUUUGCCUGGCACCAACAACUUCACGGCGACGACCAGGUUCAGAGGUGGAGAGCUGCUUUGACUGAGGUUGCCUAUUUGUCGGGUCUAGUAUUGCCAGACAAUGACGGGUACUUUUUCUGAAUAUUCAAAUACCUAUUUUUAAAGUUUGACUCAUCCAACAAACUAUAUAUUUAUUUGAAGAGUUUGAUUACGUCAUUAUAAUCCAUGAUAUGAUGACAUUAUCUACAUUCGCAUAAAAUAAUUGAAUUAUUGUAUUACUAAUUAUUUUCUU